GCUGCGGUAAAGCCCCAAGCGCGGGGCGAGCGCGUGGCGUACCGGUGGGGCACCAUCGGGGCACUACUGGGCGCUUUUCCGGCCGCGCAUGGAGACAAUGCCUUGCCACAACCAGAGGGUAAGCUCGGCAGAUGCGUCCCGGCAGCAGCAGGCUGGGGCGACAGACCGCGACCAGGACUGCUCUGAGCAGUCGGUAACGGGGAGCGGCGUCGUUUCCCGGCAGCUCCGCUUCUCCGAGCCCGGCCCGGGCGGCGAUAGCCCUAGCCCGGAUAGCAGCAGCUGCUGCAGUGGGAGCGGCGGUGGCGGCUGCAGCUGCUCUGGCAGCAACGGGGGCGGCCCUGACACGGCCCCGUCGCCGACCCUCGACCUGCCGGCCGCCGCCGCCUCUCGGCUCAAGCUCCUGCCCAUGAACGACCAGAUCCGGGAGCUACAGACCAUCAUCCGGGACAGGACAUCCAGUAGAGGGGACUUCGUAUUUUCUGCUGAUCGAUUGAUCAGGCUUGUGGUUGAAGAGGGGUUGAAUCAGCUGCCAUACACAGAAUGCACAGUAACCACUCCAACAGGGUACAAAUAUGAAGGGGUGAAAUUUGAAAAAGGAAACUGUGGAGUCAGCAUAAUGAGAAGUGGAGAGGCUAUGGAACAGGGCUUGCGUGACUGUUGUAGAUCAAUCCGAAUAGGAAAGAUCCUGAUCCAGAGCGAUGAAGACACUCAGAGAGCCAAAGUGUACUAUGCAAAGUUUCCACCAGAUAUUUUCAGGAGAAAAGUUCUCCUCAUGUACCCAAUACUAAGUACUGGCAACACUGUGAUUGAGGCUGUAAAGGUUCUUAUAGAACAUGGAGUCCAGCCAAAUGUAAUAAUCCUGCUGAGUCUAUUCUCUACACCCCAUGGUGCCAAAUCAAUAAUCCAGGAAUUCCCAGAUAUCACAAUUCUAACAACAGAAGUUCAUCCUGUUGCCCCAACGCAUUUUGGACAGAAGUAUUUUGGAACAGACUGAAGUGCUUUAACCAGUGUGUGUUUUGUUACUGUAUGAUAUUAUACCAUUUUUCUACAUUUUAUAAUUUGAAGCAGAGGUAUUGCUGGGUGUAUUUAACAGCCUAUUUUUCUUUUGCCAAAGGUGAAAAUAACCUGGGCCAGUUGUUGUUUUUUAUUUAAAAGGGAAAAUAUUUUAUCUUGUGUCCACUUGAGUUGAGGGCAGCAAUGAAGCACAUUGCGCUGCAACAGUCUUCCAAUGAUGCGCAUAUCCAGAUUGCUGCACUCAUGGUUCCUUUAUUUAUUCUUUUUGUAGCCAGUUUAAGUGGCUGCUUGUAACUGCAAAAUAAAUUAACUGUGAAGACACCAUAGCCUAUUUAAUUUUUCAGUGCUUAUAAGCACAGUUGGAAUUUUUUCAGAAGUCAUGAUGCUUUGCAGACAACAGCUCGAAGUAAUAUUCUUAAACCAUAUUGCACUUAUGAGCUUGUUACAAAGAUGUGGUUAACAGAAACCAGUCACAGUCCAGAGGGUGAUGUGUGCAAUUCAAUACCCUGCUCAUAUUUGCCAGCUCAGGUGUGCACAAGCCCUUGGAAGGAUUGUGUAGUAUGUGCAGAGCAGCUUAUGUGGGUAGCUUUGCACAGAAUUCUCUUGCAAACAGCACAUUUGAAGAGGAAGAUAACUGCUCUGUAUCCAAAGCAGGUUCUUCCAGUUACAGCCUGUAAAGUUGGGGGUUGGGGAAUGGUUAAGAUUUAGAUUUCAAGAAAAAUCAGCAGCGUCUUCUUUUUACAUUGUUACCUUUGUCAUUGUAUUCAUAAUGAGGAUCUCUAAAUCAUGUGAUUGGGGCCUGAGGAUCUUUGCUUUUAAAAGAACAAAAUUCAAGCCCUCAUGACUGAAGCUUUUAAUCAGCUGAAAACCUUAAAGCUGGAGAGGUGAUUGAAUAAGAUUGUCAAUGGCUGGAAGCUGAGUUCAUUAUCCAUCAUCAUGACUUGCAAAAUCGGGGAGGGGGGGAAUAGACAAAAUGUAAUAAUAAUAAUAAUAACAACAACAACAAUAACAAUAAUAAUAUAAAAAUUAUAUAAAAAUAUAUAAUAUAGAACAAAUUAUGCAAAAGGUAAAGGAGCUCUGGACAGUUAAGUUCUGUCGAAUUGAACUAUAUAGAGUAUAGUGCUCAUCUCUGCUUUUAGGCCAGGGGAUCUGGCAUUUUGUCCACAGACAGCUUUUCUGCGUCAUAUGGCCAGCAUGAUUAAACUGCUUCUGACGCACCAAACACUGUGACGAGUGCCAGAGUGCAUGGAAACACGAUUUACCUUCCUGUCGCAGUGGUACCUCUAUCUACUCGUUCAAAACAAAUACAUGAUUUAGGGCUUUAUGUCUAAUCCUUAAAUACUUUAUUGUUUUGGCCUGCUAUAAAUGACAGUGGAGAAACUGUCCUGGAUGUAUGGAAUUUCCUACCUUUGCCUUUCUUUGUGUUUGGAAGGCCAGUCUUUGAAAAGACUUCCUAGCUUUGUUAAAAAAACCCAAAGGUAUAAUGCUCCUUCCCAAGGCUGUGCAGAAUUUGUGCUCCCAAAGAAAUCUUCCUCAAAGCCCAAACCUUUGCACUGCUCUGUUAAACUCCUGCAUUGUAAACAAAUAUGUCGUUCCUGUAAAGUCUUCCAUUGACCAAAAUACUUUAGAAUGUUUUUAAUGCAGCCUCUUGAACAAUGUAGUCUUUAUGUUUUGAAAAGAUACAAAGAGUAGAAAGGGGAGUGCUAUUUUCCAGUGAUAACAGUGCACAAGUCCACAAUUUUGUAUCACAAGAAAAGGAAUGCAGAACAAGCAUAAUGGUUUACAGUACAGCCAAUAGGUUUGUCAUAGGCCUAGGCUAGGGCAUGGAUUCAGUGAUCGAGCAGCCUGAGGGGUAAAGUGCUGUGGGUUUCCCUUUUUAAACUCUGAGAGCAAACCUGAAAAGGGACGUCUUCACUUGGGUCCACUCACAGGGUCCCGCCCCAGGAAGCCAAAACACCACCUUUUCCAUGCCCAUAACCAGUACAGCAUACUAAACGCUCCUCACCAUUGGGCGGGGGGGGGGGGGAGCUACUGUCCCUCUUCACUCCCUGGUGAGUUGGGGGGAACCAGGAUUUCUUAUACAUCAACAAUCAAGGUUUUCUACCUCAAAGCAAAUGUUCUUCGUUUAAAGACACCAGUAGUAUUGAUAUAUUCACUCAAGAUAGUGGCUGGGGAAACCCAGCCAGAUGGGUGGGGUAUAAUUAUUAUUAUUAUUAUUAUUAUUAUUAUUAUUAUUAUUAUUAUUAUUAUUGUGGUGGUGCCCCCUAGUAGAGGGUACCAGGUUGGUGAGCACAGCUGUUAUACAUCAUUCCUGUAUAUUUUCAAGUUCACAGGGAAACUGGAAACUGAAAUGCUGCACUCCUGCUUUCAUUAGUAGUGUAGACUGCAAGCCUUUUAUACUUUUACUGUGCUAUUUCUGCCCGAGGGCUGGUCCUAAGGAUUGAUCCGUAUAUGAAUUAAGAAUAUUUCUAUUGGCAACAACUCUUAUAUCCUUAACAAUUAGUCUUCAGUUGCUAGAUAAUGGUGAUGCUCAGAGGUGACUAAUCAGUACUGUCACAACUACUCCAUUGCCAAGAUGGGGGAAACCUAUAGUUUAAUAAAGCCAAGCACUAUGUUUCAAAAGGACACGUGGUUGAGUCUGGCUGAGCCAGUCCAUGUGAAAUGGUCUUUGCACUUGGUGUUAUUUACGGGCAACGUGUCUUGAUGGUUGGUAAUAGAAUAAGCAAGCUGGAGGUUAUUUAAAACAUUUUUGGCAUGUGUAAAUGUUAAACUGUCCAAUUAUUCAUAUGACACUUGUAAAUUUUGACUGGAUACUCUUUCUAUCUCAGUACUCAAAAGGAUAACUAUUUCAGAAUGCUGGGCUUCCAUGUCAGUGCCCUUAGACAAAAUUAUGGCAGUUGAAAGUGCCUUGAGAUAACUGAAAAACACCAAGCUGAAGUCUACGAAAAAGCACUGAUACACAAAUGGUACCAUUCUUGCAACUCUUCUUGGUGGAGUUUGAAUGCAGUAGAUACAGACUUCUUAAUAGGAUUUUAAAACAUUUGAAAUAAAGUCUUUAAACUUCAUUCUAUAAAAUAUUUUUUUAUUGUAAAACAUUUCCAUGCUUAAGGCUGCAACAAGCAUGAACAUACACAUUUUUAAAUGAACAAACCUGAGAUAAUGAAGUCAAAAACAUUCAAAAGGGUCAACAAAAUAAAACCUGCAAUAAUCAAAAAGCUGAAUAUGGAAUUUGUACAAAGAUGAUUAUAUGGAGGUUUGGAGGGGUAGCAGUUCUGUUCUGUGAAACCUAACAAGUCCAUUUCUUAUGCUCCCUACUGUAAAACCAGAUGGUGAAAUGGUACCUUUUUGAAAAUACAAUCAAUGAAAUAAUUAGGCCUUAAUUACACAUAUGGAAGUAUAGUAAGCUGGAACACAAAAGCAAUUGCAGUAUGACCAACACAGAUAGUUAAUAUGAAGCUUGAAUCAGUGGCUACCAGAAAAGUGGUACCCAAAAAAUUCUAUGAAAAAGGCAAGACACCUGGUCAGGAAAAGGACCAAGCAGUAAGCUGCCAUUUCCAAGGUAAAACAGUACAAAACAUGGCAGCACAAAUGCCUUGGUUACUUGAACUGUGGCAGGCACAGCAAGAUAUUUUGCAGGAAUACUGAGCUCUCCAGUUGAUUAACAUCAGGUACAUGUACAUGCAAACUGCAGAGCAUCUCUCUUGGUUGGAAGAAUACUCAUUGCAAGUCUCUUGUUUUGUUUUUUCCUGUAUAAAUGAAUGCAGUAUUAAAUGGGCAUGUAGGACCCUACUACUUUCCAUCCCCUUAAUAUGAAGCCUGUUGUCACCCACUUCAGUUCUUCGGAUUAAACUAAAAUCUAGUGUUUUAGAAAUCCACAAAAUUAAAUGCAGAGUGUAUUCUAAAAAAAUUACAAGUCACUUAAGGGAAGCAUAGUGACUGACAGUAUCCUCUUCUGUAAGUAAAAGUUUGUUAUUGGUAAGCACAACCAUUUUGCUGACAAAGUACACCAUUCCCACAUCAGCAUUUUCUCCUAAAAAUGUCUUCCCCAACAAGGUACUGUACCUAAAUAAAAUCAAGACAAGUAAUUUCAAAAGACUGUAUUCUAUACAAAAUAAUAAUAAUAAUAGUGUUCCUGGUAUUGUAAUGUGCACUGAAAUUGUGCUUUCAGAUUAUACCACAUUUGACAAUGAACUAAGAUUCUGGGCAAUAAAUAUCUGUUACAUCAUCAGGCAGUACACUAUUGAUCAGCCCACGUUCUCUCCCAAAGUUACUGUUCUUUGCUCCAUAAAUAUUUAACAGUGAGGACUCAGUAGUGCCCUAAUUUACAAAAUAAACCAGUGUAGCAUAGCAGUUCUUGCAAAAAGUCCCAAGUUUUGCAAAGUCUGUAUUCUUUAAAUAGUAUUUUCUAUCCCAAUUUUGUAGACACCAGUGUGAUGCCUUAAGCUUGCUAACCAGAGAAAUACCUGGAAUGUUAAGUAUGUGUAACAUUUUUUAUGGAAGAUAGUUGAGUGGAUGUUGCAUUGCACACCUGUUCAACCUUCCCUUUUCAUGAUUGAAGUUUCAUGUCCAGAAAUAAUUCUGGGCUGUGUGCACACUGCAUCUCAUAUCCUUCAUAAUUCAAGCAGUCAUAUAGAAGGUUCUUCAAACUGGAAUGUUAUGAUAUGGAACAAUGGCACAUAUGCAACCUACUCAUUGCAUCCACACUGCACUCAGAUAUAUAGUUGUACACAGGGCAAAGAACAGAUCUUGCGUCUCCAACCUGCUAAUGCUAGCUCAACUUUUUGCAGUACCCAGAGGCCAAAAAUAAUUUUGGCAUAAUACAAUAAUGAAUUAAUACAUUAAGGGGUGGUGGUAAAAGAAAGGUUGGAUUAUGCUGUUUCGUUUAAAUUGGUGAAAACAUAAGUGUUUUAACGUUUCCAUGAAAAUACUUAAUGCUAUAGGGUAGCUUAAAUUACUGUUGCAUCCUGAGUGACUGCUACUACAGAAGCUAUCUGAUAGCUGAUCAUUUAUCUAGACAUUAUUAUUAGCACAGCACAUCAUUUAAUUGGAUAUCAAAUUAUUCAAGCAGCCAUUGAGACAUUUUGCAUUUGUUGCAGAUAUGCAUAAAAUAUCCAAAAGCAUAUGUUUACUCCCUCAGAGAUUGGAAGUAUUUAUACAGGAUAGCUGUAAGCCACAAGUCCCCUGUGUCAAGCCCAACAAAGAAACAGCAUCACUCUAGGGACAAACCACAAUGUCAGCCUCCUUCAAGGAGCAACAAUGGAAUGGAUUUUCCUCUGCACCCUGCACAACAUUCCUGCUUUGUACAAAAGCACAGAACUACAGUAAGAAAGGAAAUACUGCCCCCCCCACUCCAUUUCAGGACAUUUGCUUAGUCUUUAGGGGUAACAUAGUAUCUAUUUGCAGUGAAAAUGUAGGAAAACCUAAAUGCAAGAAAUGGAUGACUGCUUGAAAGCCAGGAGUGGUGCUAGUUACUACCGUAAAAGAACUAAAGCAGUGUAGUUACUACCGUAAAAGAGCUAAAGCAGUGUACUUUGCAGUGUGCUCAGCUGCCCUGUAAGCAAAGUAAAAAUUAAGUUUAAAAAGCGCCAGCAAUCAAGGGGCCUACCGCCUGGGGCUUGAGCCCCCUGCCCACACCUCCCCUGCUUAAAGGAGCAACAGUAUGCAAUAAUAUGUUCAUAUUUGAAUAUACAGUACUAGGAGGGUGUUUUGGCAUGCAGAACAUCCUGUCAUCUGCCAUCCAGAAAAUCAUCAAUGACCUCUUUAGAACAGGUGAUAGCAACUAAUGGAAUAUUUUGCAAGUUUCUUUGUUUACUCAGCAUGUAUAGAUGAUCUUCAACGCAGAUCCUUGAAAAAAAGGUUAAGAAGACGGGAUACAAGCUACAUAAACAUUUUAAAAUAGUUUUCUAAACUAGGGCUUAUAUCUGUAGGCAUAAUGUUGGCAGUAUUACACAGAUAUUGCAUUGUUAGUAAAUUGGGUAUCAGAUCCCUGGCAUUCAUGAGCGCACAAAAUUUAUGCUGCAGCCUUUCCCAACUUCCAGAUGUUUUGGACAAUAACUGCUGUGCCUGAAAGGGGUGGAUGGGGGUUAUAGUCUAAAAUGUUUGGUGGGCACCAGGCAUUGCUGGAUUGUGCAUUAGCAGAUAUUUUUCCUCUAUAAAGUUCUCUGGACCAGAGCCCUUCUAAACUGAUGAUUGUUUAGAAUAAAAAUUGUUCAUUUAAGAAGCCUGAUUGCAAUAAAAACAGGUUGCUAAGGUGUUUUCAUAGAUAAACUUAGGUUAUUUUUGUUUACUUUGUAAUGGGAAGUUUUAUUUAGGCAAAUUAUGAAAUUAAGCACAGCUCCCCCCCC